AUGGAAGGUGUUUAUUUCAAUAUAGAUAACGGUUACAUCGAAGGUAUUAUUCGUGGUUACAGAAACGGGUUUUUAACUGCUAACCAAUACUUAAAUUUAACACAAUGUGAUACUUUAGAGGAUUUAAAAUUACAACUUUCAUCUACCGAUUAUGGUAAUUUCCUAUCAAGUGUUCCAGCUGAGGGAUUAACCACCAGUGUUAUUCAGGAACAUUGUUCUGAUAAAUUAUUCAAUGAAUUCAAUUAUAUUCGUAACCAACUAAGUGGGAAGAGCGUUAAGUUUAUGGAUUAUAUCACUUUCGGUUAUAUGAUUGAUAACGUUGUACUAAUGAUUACUGGUACGAUUCAUGCUAGAGACAAAAGUGAAAUCCUAAGUCGUUGUCAUCCUUUAGGUUGGUUUGACACUUUGCCUACUUUAAGUGUCGCUACAGAUCUAGAAUCUCUAUAUGAUACAGUACUUGUCGAUACACCAUUAGCACCAUUUUUUAAGGAUUGCUUCGAUAAUGCUGAUGAAUUGGAUGACCUUAACAUUGAAAUUAUAAGGAAUAAAUUAUACAAGGCUUACUUGGAAGAUUUCGCUACUUUUGUUUCUGAAGAAAUCGAAGAACCAUCAAAGGAGAUUAUGUUGGAAUUGUUAGGCUUUGAAGCUGAUAGAAGAAGUAUCAACGUUUCUUUAAACUCUUUACAAAGUGAUGAUAUCAGUGAUGAUCUAAAGAGAUCUUUAUUACCAAACCUAGGUAAGUGUUACCCUGUGGUUAGUGAUAUGUUAUCAAAGGCACAUGACUUCGAAAGUGUAAGAGCUGCUCUAGCUAAUGUCUAUGAAUAUCGUUCAAUAUUAGAAAAUGGUAAUCUUGAGGAUCAAUUUUAUCAAUUAGAGAUGGAAUUAUGUAGAGAUGCAUUCACACAACAAUUCGCUAUUAGUACAGUCUGGGCUUGGAUGAAAUCAAAGGAACAAGAAAUUAGAAAUAUUACAUGGAUUGCUGAAUGUAUUGCUCAAAAUCAAAGAGAAAGAAUAAACAACUAUACAUCUGUUUAUUAA